AUGCCGAUUGUGUGGACUCCACUCGUCUCAAUCGAGGUGCUUGGCUUCUUGAUCGCCUCGAUCGCCCUCUAUCGCCUAUGGUUUGCGCCACUUGCACGACUCCCGGGCCCGCCGAUAUGCGCAAUCACUCGCCUUCCCCUUAUGUACCACGAAUUCAGCGGGAGCAGACGCUUAUUCAUUCACGGCCUGCACAUGAAAUACGGGCCCGUCGUGCGCAUCGCACCGAAUGAAGUAUCCUUUGCUACACGCCAGGCAAUGAAGGAGAUCUACACUUCGGGAGGGAGCGGUUACGACAAAACGUCUUUCUACUCUUUGUUCCAGCAUUUCGGGACGAAGAACAUGUUCUCCACUCUGGAGAAGGAAGAGCACGCGGCCGUCAAGAAACAGUUCGCAGAGCGAUAUAGCAAACUCCACGUUAUGAAGCCGGACGUUUCUUCUGUGAUUCAACAGACCGUCGACGCCUUCGUCACAAGGGCGACCGAGCACGUUGGUGCGAGCGUCGACAUCUACGACCUACUCCAUUGCUUCGGGCUUGAUGGAGUCACAGGACAUUUAUUUUCUCCCUCCGGACUGCAUUCGCAAACUAAUGACGACGAUCAUGAGCUCAUGAAGCAGCUGGCAUACCCAAGUGACUUGAAAAGAGCGUACUUCCGCUACUACUUUCCCACCCUCUGGUGGGUCUACGAAAGGCUCACUGGCAUCAACAAACUACGUGGCGACACGAAUCUCAUAGAUGCCUACGUGCUCAAAACGUUCCACAGCGGGUCCGUGGAUCCACAGACAGUCCUCCACAAGCUCCGCAUCGUCGAUGCCCGCGACCCCGGCCGUCCCAUGCUCCUCUCCGUGUCCGAGUGCAUGGACCACAUCAUAGCCGGGAUUGAUACGACUAGCGAUGCGCUCUGCUUCCUCAUGCACCAUCUCUCGCUGCCCAUCCCCGCGUCGCGACGUGUGCAGGAGAAGCUUCACGAGGAGCUCGUGCAGAAUCCUGGAAAAUCCGUGGACGACUUACCUUACCUUGACGCCGUGAUCAAGGAGGGUCUGCGGCUGCUCAGCCCUGUCACUAUGAGCUUCCCGCGCGUUGUACCCGCCGGCGGGCGGGUUGUCGAUGGUGUCCAGCUGCCAGGGGGGACCAUCGUGAGCUGCCAGCCAUACACUCUGCAUCGGUUCGACACAGAAGUCUUCCCCGAUCCGGAUGAGUUUGUGCCCGAAAGGUGGUUGGCCGCAGAGGGCGCGGUGGAGCGGAACCAGCUAUUCUUCACUUUCGGUGCUGGAGGUAGGGGGUGUAUAGGAAGACAUCUGGCACUGCUGGAGAUGAAGCUGCUUGUGAGAGACGUGUACUCGACGUACCGUACCCGCGUCGCCCCAGACAUGACUGCCUCGAUGGAGCCGGACGACCAGUCGAUAUCGACCCGACCUAAGGAUCAGAAGUGCCUGAUUGGUUUCGAGAAGCUGGACAUCUGA